CCUCUAUGUAAAUGUGUUGGCAAGGGAGACGCAGCGGUUCAUUCAUCAUCUUCUUCCAGAGAGAGAGAGAGAGAGAGAGAGAGAGAGAGAGAGAGAGAGAGAGAGAGAGAGAGAGGUGAGCCAACACGAAGGUUAUUUUACAUGAGGGAGAGGGAGGAACUGCUUUGGACCAAAAACACUGCCGCUAGAAAAUCCGCAAAGCAAAGAACAGGCUUUGGUUUCAAAGCUGCAAGGAGCUAUAUUCUUCUUCCAAACAUUACAGGAGAGGUGAAGCAUCAUGGGGAAACACAACAGCAAGCUGGCUCCAGAGGUUCUGGACGACCUGACCAAGAACACCGAAUUCAACGAGGCAGAGCUCAAGCAGUGGUACAAAGGCUUCCUCAAAGACUGUCCCUCUGGCAUCCUCAACCUGGAUGAGUUCCAGCAGCUCUAUGUGAAGUUUUUUCCAUAUGGUGAUGCCUCAAAGUUUGCCCAGCAUGCGUUUCGGACAUUUGACAAGAACGGCGAUGGGACCAUCGACUUCAGAGAGUUCAUCUGCGCCCUGUCCAUCACCUCCAGGGGCAGCUUCGAGCAGAAACUCAACUGGGCCUUCAACAUGUAUGAUCUGGACGGGGAUGGGAAAAUCACACGCAUGGAGAUGCUGGAGAUCAUCGAGGCCAUCUACAAGAUGGUCGGCACUGUGAUCAUGAUGCGUAUGAACGAGGACGGGCUGACCCCGCAGCAGCGCGUGGACAAGAUCUUCUCCAAGAUGGACAAGGACCACAAUGAUGAGAUCUCCCUGGAAGAGUUUAAAGAGGCCGCCAAGUCUGACCCCUCCAUUGUCCUACUGCUGCAGUGUGACAUGCAGAAGUAGAGAGAGGGAUGGGUGGAGAAACAGAGGGAGGGAGGGAAGAGUUGAACUGAAACAAGCGAAGGAAGGAGGAUGAGAGAAGAGGGGUUGGGGAAUGAAAGGAGGGACGCAGUUUAGGGAGGAGGAGGUAGGGAAGCUUUUUUCCUUCUUUUUUUGAGGCAGUGAUGAAGUGUUUGAAACAGAGAAGACCUCUGAUUGAUGCCAUUCUUUUCUUCCAGGCCAUCCCACUGUGCAGUACUGUACACUCCUGCAGCAUUUCUGCUUCAGUCUAGCAGGCGUCUUUAUAAAUCCAAUCUGAUGAUCUGUGAAAAGAGGAAAUUGCAGUGCAAUAUAUAUACUGCACCUUCGUCUUAUAUUUCCCAACCUUCUUUGUAAAACAGUGAAUGGUUUGCCCACCCUUUUCAAAAUGUUAAUAUUAAAAGACAGAAUUGCAAAGCAGGUUGCUUCCAAUAGAUGUAAGUUUACAUGGAUUUCAAAUGUCAUGAAAAAAUAGUUUUAAAAAGUAUGCAUAUUCGCUUUUUCUGAAUUACGUCAGAAGAUUGAUACCACUAGUAUAUCUGCUAAAUGUGAAGCUACAAACUGAAAACGGGGAGAGAACUAGCUAGGGGGUAAAUAAAUCUAUUAACCAGUACCAGCACCUCUAAAACUCACUAACAUGAU